AUGGGAAAAGAAUCGAAGAGAUCGUUGCAGCUUGGAGUGGUGAUAUUGUUUUUUGCCGUAAUACCGAGCAUGAUCGAGUCCGGUAUAGUCCCUGAUCAUGGCAGAAAUACAAGUACUGGAUGCGAUGCUUCGGUUGGAGAAUGCGGCCGAGAAUUAGCAGAGCAGCUCGAUGACUACCAAGUAUAUCCAGAACCAGAACCCGAACCGUACUACUACUACUAUUCUAGCGAAUAUGUAGCAUACAGAUCUCUCUUCCAGCCACCAGUCUGUAGUGGAAUAAGAUAUGGUAAUUGCAUAGUCCCAGUGCGUGGACGGACGCGAGCUUGCUCCACUUACGACCGAUGCAAACGCGGUAUCACCGGCUGA